AUGGUCCGUAGUGUUCGACCAGACCACUGCACGAGCUACAACGACUGCAAGCAGCACACGGGCGGCAAGAAGGGCUUCAACGUCCCCAUCGAAGUGACUCCGACGCGUUUUGCCAACGGCCGCAACUGCCGCAAGCUGUACGUGACGCGCCCGGACGCACCGGACGCGUUCUUGUUUCCUGGCGACACGGGCAAGAACGCCGACUGCCGUCCCGACGAAGUCUUCAACGUCGUCUACUGCCCCGGCGGCCGUCUCCGCGCCUAA